AUGUCUUUCCGGAACUAUUAUGAUUCAUCAUCCUACGGUAGGAACAGAGAUGCGGGAAGGUUAUCGAGUUCAACUACAGACAGACCGACAGCACUUACUACAAAAUAUACUACGACAUCAUCUAUAAAAAGUUCUAGUAUUCCAGUUGCUUCUGACCGCAAUUCUAGAGAAGAGACACCCAUUAGUGCAAUUACAAAUAGAUAUGCAAGCUACAGUAAAAAUAAUACAGAAAAACCCACAACAACAUUGAAAUAUGAGAAGAAAGACUAUACAAAAUUAUCAAUUCCAUCAGUUACCUCUAGUAAAAGCAGAGACGUUAGCCCCGUAACAUCCGUGUCUCGUGUCUCUAAAUAUAAACGUCAGGCAAGCCCUGGCCCCAGUCUAGAUAGAAAAAUCACAAAAAGUUACAAAGAUAAAAACAAAGAAAUUGGACAUUCGGAUCGUGAUAAAGACAUUCCAACAAAGACUGACAAGGCUCCAGGCUACAGCAGUCUGUCGAACUACAAAAUAUAUCCUCGCCAGUCAAAUUAUUCUCGCCCUGUUAGCAGAACAGAUUCAAAACCAGAAGUUAGUUAUACCCGUCCUGGUUCUAGAGCAGAAGCAAAAACGGACAUUAAUUACUCUCGACCUAGCACCAGAAUAGAAAAAACUGAACCAAGUUAUAACCGCUCUUCCACAAAAACUGAAACGAAACCAGAAAUAACAGUGAAUAGAUACGCUAUUGCCAAUCGCUUAUCUUCUUCAUCUUAUUUAAGGAGUCCUACUCCAAUUAAGAGACCGACUUUGUCACCAAUAAAUUUUUCUGAUAAUAUUAAAUCGGAUCCUGAUAAAUUUAUAACACCUAAUAAAGACACUAUCAUAAAAGAAAACCAUGUUAAAAAUGACGUUGUGCAAAAGAAAGAAGAAUCGCCAAGUGAAACUGAAGAGUUAGAGACUAUCACAGUAAUAACACGACAUACAUCUCCUACACCGCCAGGUUCGUCAUCGUAUGUUCGAAAUAGAAGAGCAGAUCUCGCAAAAACUAUAGAAAAAGUUAUAACUAGGAAAAAAGAACGACCUCUAUGUUAUGACAAAGAAAUUCAGUCAGACAGAUUAGAUGAUCCAACAAGGUCUAGCCGAUUUGCAGGUUCAACUAGAAGUAGUGUCACAAAUUGGACUUAUUAUUCUCCUAAUGUACCUAGUUACACGGGAUAUGCUGGGCGUUACUCAACACAAUAUUCUAGCUUACGUGAAAAUUCUUACAGAGACAGAUGUAGUCGCAGUCGAAGUAAAGAGCCAUCAAUACCAGACAGUAAUGAGUGUAACUUGUCAUUAGAAAAGGGUAUGAAUGAUACCGACUGUGAAGAAAAUAAUACUAUAUGUAACAAAAAUGCUCAAGAUAUAAUAGUGUAUGAUAAGGAUAAAGAUGAUGAAACUUCAGAAAUAAUAAUAAACGUAAAUCUUAAGUUAAAAAAAGCUAAAAGUCCAUCUUCUGUGUCAGUCACGGAACUUAUUGCUCCAGAAAUCACCAUAACGAACAGCCAAUUGCCACCCCAGCCUCCAAAAAGUGAGACAACUAAUAAAAUCAAAAAAAUUAAACAACGUAAAUCAAGCACAGACUCUUCAUCAGACUCAAAUUCAACAAAGAAACUUUUGAAAAAAAGAAGUAAAUCUUUGAGUUCAAGUGAUUCGGAUCCUGGAAGUGAAAAACCGAAUAAUACAAAUAAACUUACCAAGCUGAAAAAAUCAAAAUCCAAUAAUAAAGUGCAAAAUGGUGUCAUUAAUUCCAAUAAGGCAAUAGAAAGUAACAGCUUGGAAUCUAGUAUGUCUUUAUCGUCUUCCAUUAGUGAAGAUGAAAAUGUUUCUAAAUCAAAGACAUCAGACUCGAUAUCCAUUUCAACCGAUGCAUCAAAUAAUAACUCAAGCACAUUUCAACAAAAAAUUGAUAAUGGUACCGAAGAAGCUAAAUCAUUUUUAAUACGUGCUCUUGCACCAGUCACAAAUUUGUUUAAACUCCGAAACCAAGAGUCGAAUGAAAAUAAUAAAUGUGCUGAUAACUAUACUUCUGUUCCAAUCUCAAAAGAUAUAUCAAUGCUAAAUUCUGAAAGUUCAUCAAGGAAAAAUAAAUGUAAUACAAAUAGUGUUAUUGCUUCUAACGACGAUAGUCUAGUAAGAUUGAAAGCUAUCAGACGAAUCGAAUCUAAUGAAAGAUCAUGGUGGCUAGAAUCGGAUCAGAGUUUUAAAAAUAUUAAUGAGAAUAAUGAAAAAUCUCGCGUUAUUGAUGGUUGCGCACAAAACAGCAACGAAAAACAAGCUAAUUUUAAAAUAUCAGAAAACAAUGACUUUAAAGAUACAAAGAAGUUGUUAUACAUUGAUGAAGAAAAGCCUUGGUGGUUAGAUAGUAGUGCAAACAUACCCGAAGGUAUAGAAAGGUUGACACCACCAAGAAGAUCUUCUAGCGAAGAAGAAAAGAGUGAUAUUUUUGAAGUCAAUAAGCUUCGUAAUAACAAAUCUGGGGAACAGCGGGACUGGUGGCAUACAAAUACUGAAAAUAAGAACAAUACAGAUUUGGAGGAAAAUAUUAAGUUAAAUCGAUCUGGUUCAGACCAAAGAAUAUUUUCACUUCGAAGAAUACGCCACAUAGAGUCGGGAGAAAGACCGUGGUGGUUGUCUAGCGAUAAAAACAUUCCAGAGGGUAUCGAAAAGCUUCCAACACCUCCACCACAAGAAGAGAGUGAAUCUUCUGAUUCAGACGAGGUCGAAGUAUAUAUUCCAUCAUCCCAAAUACCUCGAUUCCCCUUAAAUCUACCAGACGAUGAGCCGUUAGGUGACCGUAGAAGUCCAGAAGGCUUGGAAAGUCCGAAUGAACCAGAAAUAUAUACAAAUCGCCAUUCACCCUAUGAAAAUAAUAAAUAUUUAAGACGAAAUAUGUCCUAUUCAAAAAAUGCGAAAUACAUAUCACGCUAUACUGAUAUAGACGAUAUCUUAGGAACGUCAAAUAAUGUAUAUAGUCCGUUUAUGGAUUCUAUACUAUCGAAACCUCAAAAUUCUUAUGAUGAUGAAGAAUGUAAAGAAAUUGAUCCUACCCAAGUAAGGAUACAUGACAGUACUCCACAAAUGCCUGUUAUUAGAAAACUUCAUUCUCGGUAA